AACGUCACUAUCCGUUUCCGGGCUGCGGUGGUGGGGGCCCGUCCUCGUGUGCCGGAGUGUCGACUCGCUUUCUGCCUUUUCCUCCUGUUUUCUUUCUCCCCCCCCCCCCCCGGGCCUUUGACGGUUAUGGCGGUGCGGGCGAGCUUCGAGAACAACAACGAGAUCGGCUGCUUCGCGAAGCUCACCAAUGCCUACUGUCUGGUGGCCAUUGGAGGCUCCGAGGGUUUCUACAGUGUAUUCGAAGGAGAGCUUUCGGACACUAUUCCUGUAAUUCAUGCUUCUAUUGCUGGAUGUCGAAUCAUUGGCAGAAUGUGUGUGGGUAACCGGCAUGGUUUACUAGUCCCAAACAAUACAACUGACCAGGAACUUCAGCAUAUGCGAAACAGCCUUCCUGACUCAGUGCGAAUCCAGAGGGUGGAAGAACGUCUUUCUGCAUUGGGCAAUGUCACUGCAUGCAAUGACUACGUAGCACUUGCCCACCCAGACAUCGACAGGGAAACAGAAGAGAUUUUAGCUGAUGUUUUAAAAGUCGAAGUAUUCAGACAGACAAUAGCAGACCAAGUACUUGUGGGAAGUUACUGUACAUUCAGCAACCAGGGAGGAUUGGUACACCCUAAGACCUCUAUAGAAGAUCAGGAUGAGCUUUCUUCAUUGUUGCAAGUCCCUCUUGUGGCUGGAACUGUUAAUCGUGGCAGUGAGGUGAUUGCAGCUGGGAUGGUUGUAAAUGACUGGUGUGCCUUCUGUGGUCUGGACACAACCAGCACAGAAUUAUCUGUUAUUGAGAGUGUCUUCAAACUUAAUGAAGCACAGCCAAGUACCAUUGCUACCACUAUGAGAGAUUCUUUGAUUGAUAGCUUGACAUGAUGUGCUCCAGGAACACUGCAGGUGUGAAAUGCCAAAUCGUGAUCUUGACUGCUCACUAAAGCAAAUUUUUCAAGUCCAAGGAGUUAUCUACCACAAUCACAGUUUAAAUUCCCUUUCCUUUGGCAAGCCAGACUUGAACAAGAAAAAAACAUUAUAUCCCUUUGUUUUGUUAA